AUGAAUAGAGGAGCAGGCAUUUUUUUGUGUCUCUUGCUUGUGGUCAUGGAUAUCACAGCUGGGAUUCUUGGCAUUGAAGCUGAAAUUGCACAAAACAAGGUUAAGCACUUGAGAUUGUGGAUAUUUGAGUGUAAAGAUCCAAGCCAUAAGGCCUUCAUGCUGGGGUUGGGUGCAGCAGUGCUUUUGGCAUUAGCUCAUGUUUUAGUGAAUUUGGUAGGUGGCUUCAGUUGUCUUUGCUCUCAACAAGGGCUUGAUAAGGAUUCUCCUAAUAGACAACUCUCAAUGGCUUCUCUCAUUUUAACAUGGAUUGUGUUGGCUAUUGGAUUGAGCAUGCUGGUGAUAGGGACUUCAUCAAACAACAAGUCAAGUGGUUCCUGUGGUUUCACUCACCAUCACUUCCUAUCCAUUGGUGGAAUUCUGUGUUUUGUGCAUGCCCUAUUCAGUGUUGUGUAUUACGUUUCAGCCACUGCCUCUUAA